CAACCGGCCGGGCUAGCAAGGGUCGUCGCCGCCCGCUCCGAAACGGGUUCCCCACCCCUGCAUGCACUCAAGCAUGUUUCCCAAGGCUGCGGCGUUGCUGCCGGGCCCCCGGCCAACGAGAGCCGAAUCGUGGGCGGAACGCCGACCGACAUCGACCAGUGGCCCUGGCAGGUGUCGCUGCACCACCGUCGUCCUUCGUCAGGCGCUCCUGGACGUCGGCUCUGCGCGGCGAGCCUCGUGUCGGCUACAUGGCUCCUCACCGCAGCUCACUGCCUGCUAGACCCCGCAGCGACCGACGGAGCGGGGCGCCUGCUGCCGGCGGGCCUGUGGCUAGCCUGCCGUGCCGGCAAGUGUGUGCGCCUGCGCCGGCUUGCCGUGCACGCCAGGUUCCGACGUCACAACUACACCCACGACGUGGCGCUCGCCGAGCUGGUGCAGCCGCUUCCUGAGCCCGCUGCGCCCAUCUGCCUGCCCUUGUCCUCCGGAGGGUCCGGGGCCGUGGGUCGCCGCUGCGUCAUCACCGGCUGGGGCGCCCGGCGACCGCUGGUUGGUCGCGCCCCACAGCUGCACCAGGCGGCGCUGCCGGUGCUGCCGUGGGACCUGUGUCGGCGAGCGUAUCCGUGGGCCGCGGCGCUACGCCGCUGGCUGCUGUGCGCGGGCCUCUGGAAAGGCGGCCGGGGUCCCUGUCACGGUGACUCGGGCGGGCCGCUCCAGUGCCAACGCAGCGACGGCCGCUGGCAGCUGUCCGGCCUCGUAUCCUGGGGCGCGGGCUGCGGUCGUCCGGGCCGACCAGCCGUGUUCGUGCGCGUGGCCGCCUACCGACGCUGGAUACGAGACACAACCAAGCGCCUGCAGCACCGAAACCAAGCCACGCCGCGCGACAGAGACCAUUGGCCGCAAGAUGCCGUGCGCGACGACGGCACGGGCCGCCCGCUUUUCUCGGUGUUGUCGUUUCGCGCUUUCGUGCCGUGACGGCCGCCGUGUGUCGAUGACUUUGUGCGUCGUCAGUGUCGCUCGCACCCUGCGCAGGGAAUACGUUCUCCCAGCUCUGAUGCUUUUCUUUUUGUUUUCCUUUUCUUUCUUUUUUUUGUGGUCCCAAACCAGUUUCAAUAAAUACAGCGUCGAAGAGAAUGCCUCAGGUAUUCCGCCAUCGUACGAGGUAGUCUAAGCAGGGAAUCGUUCAGUUUGAAUUUGGCUCGGUGAGAUUAGUAUAAAGUGGACAAGCUGCGCUUCGCACGUCGCGGUUGUUUCCAGGGUUUCCUGACAACUGAAAAAAAGGAAAAAAAAGAUAAAGAUGAUCUCGUAUCUCUGGCUACUCCUAUAUUCUUUUUUUUUAUUAAUGCGUGUUCAUUGCCGCAAGAAAUGUUCGGAGGCUACGGCCUUCCAAUACACGAGUAUUAAUGAGUGUUGCGAGUUUUAUCAACCUGCUCCAGGCGCACACAAAACCCUACAAGUUAACGGGAUUAAACGUGUACAUUCA